AUGUACAGAUCAACGGACAUCCGAAACCGUGCGCUGGAGACCGCAAAAAAGGUGGAACUGUGUAUACCAGCAAAAACAAUGAAAGCAGCCUGGUUGGCGUACCUCAGACUGUCACCGUCAAGACAUCAUUCGCAGGCGCCUUUAACACGGAAUGUUCUCUCUAGUGAUUAUCAACUGCUUCAAUACGAAUUUGGUAUCCACCCAUGGCGUGACAAUCUACUGUACGAACAAGGUCUUUCGAGCUCGCUUACUCCAUUGUCUGUUACUGAGUAA